UCCUUAUAUACCAUAGCUAACCUUCAUGAUCAUCUCUUGUCGAAGCAAAAAACAUCAUUUUUUUCUAAAAAUUUCAUACAAGUUCGGGGUAAACUGGUAAACAAUCAAUGUUGUAGAAUUUUCAAAAGACGGUUGACAAAUUUAUUAUGAUCCCUUUAUAAGCCAGUGCUUUUCCCAGAGAUCCAAUUCAGGAAAAUCUUAAGCUCUUUUUGUAUCUUCUUUUCUCUCUGUUGUCCCUCUCUUUAAACCAGAGAGCAAAAAUGAGAACAAGGGUUUUCUCAGUGGUAUCUGUUCUUCUCAGCAUUGCAGUUCUUUUAGUUUCUUGUAAAUUUGGAGCAGCGGAGUCGAACAAUGUAUUAGAAGAGUUCCAAAAUAAUUUUGAUAUAAUGUGGGCUGAGGAUAAUUUCAAAACAAGUGAAGAUGGAAAAACUUGGUUUCUCUCCUUAGAUAAAGAAACAGGUUGUGGAUUUCUAACAAAGCAGAGAUAUAGAUUUGGAUGGUUCAGUAUGAAGCUUAAGUUAGUUGGAGGUGAUUCUGCUGGUGUUGUCACUGCUUAUUAUAUGUGCUCUGACAAAGAUGCAGCACCAGAGAGGGAUGAGCUAGAUUUUGAGUUCUUGGGAAACAGAACAGGUGAACCGUACGUAAUUCAGACCAAUGUAUACAAGACUGGAGUAGGAAACAGAGAGAUGAGACACAGUCUCUGGUUUGAUCCAACUGAAGACUUUCACACUUAUUCAAUUCUUUGGAACAGUCACCAAAUUGUGUUUUUUGUGGAUAGAGUACCAAUGAGAGUAUACAAGAACAACGACAAACCAAACGAUUUCUUCCCAAAUGAGAAGCCAAUGUACUUAUUUUCAAGUAUCUGGAAUGCUGAUGAUUGGGCAACAAGGGGUGGACUUGAGAAAACAGAUUGGAAAAAAGCACCAUUUGUAUCAACCUACAAGGAUUUCAAAUCAGAUGGUUGUGAAUGGAAAGAUCCUUACCCUGAAUGUGUUUCAACUACUACUGAGAAAUGGUGGGAUCAAUAUGAUUCUUGGCAUUUAACAGAUUCUCAGAAAGAAGAUUUUGCUUGGGUUGAGAGGAAUUUAGUUGUAUAUGAUUAUUGUAAAGAUACCAAGAGGUUUCCUGAAUUACCCGAGGAGUGUUCGUUAAGUCCAUGGGAUUAGUUUACUGAUUAAACAGAGUAUAGUUGUCAGGUGUAUUUUUUCUUAAUUUUUUUGUUCAGUUUUGAGUUUAAUGUAUCUCAUUAUUAUUUAUUCAAGUAAUUUGCUGUUUUGUUACGGAAAAAUGGAAUUAGUAGUUAAUUAUCCUUAAUUUUUUACGAAUAAAUGAUAAGUUUAUUUAUCUUUUCA